AUGUCUGGACUAAAGAUCUGGCAAGAAACAGUUAUCACCAUUGCGGUUUUCAUCGUAGCGAUACUUUUUGUUCUUUCAUUUUGUCUCAUUUGGAAAAAGAAAUCAAGAAGAUCCAAAUCCUUAAGUCUUCCCAUCAUCCAAACCCCUCCGGUAUCGAAAGAGAUCAAAGAAGUCAGAAUGGAGCAUGUCUCAAACUUUGAUCAUGAUCAGGAGAAAAACAGUAAUGAAUCUGACAAAUUCUUGCUUAAUUUGGAUAUUGAAAAGAAGAGAAAGAACGGUGCAAGUAGUAGCCGGUCUGGCUCAGGGGAAGAAGGUUCUCUAUGUGUUGCAAACCGGUCUUCUUCAUCAUUGUAUGAUAUGGCAACACCAUCGCCUCUUUCCGGUUUACCCGAGUCACACCUUGGUUGGGGUCAUUGGUUUACACUGAGAGAUCUUGAAAUAGCAACAAACAGAUUCUCAAAGGAAAAUGUGAUUGGUGAAGGAGGAUAUGGAGUUGUAUACAGAGGAGAGUUGACCAAUGGGACUCAUGUCGCCGUUAAAAAGAUCAUGAACCACUUGGGACAAGCUGAGAAAGAGUUUAGAGUAGAGGUUGAUGCUAUCGGUCAUGUGCGUCAUAAGAACUUGGUACGUCUUCUAGGAUACUGCAUUGAAGGCACACACAGGAUAUUGGUUUAUGAGUAUAUGAACAAUGGGAACCUCGACGAAUGGCUUCACGGAGCAAUGAGACAGCACGGAUACUUAACUUGGGAGGCUAGAAUGAAAGUUCUCAUUUGCACGUCCAAGGCUCUUGCGUAUCUACACGAGGCGAUCGAGCCAAAAGUAGUUCACAGAGACAUCAAGUCGAGCAAUAUAUUGAUCGAUGAUAGAUUCAACGCAAAGGUUUCUGAUUUUGGCCUUGCUAAGUUACUUGGAGAUGGGAAAAGCCAUGUAACAACUCGAGUGAUGGGAACAUUCGGGUAUGUUGCUCCAGAAUAUGCGAAUACCGGACUUUUGAAUGAAAAGAGUGAUGUAUAUAGCUUUGGUGUAUUGGUCUUAGAAGCAGUAACUGGAAGAGAUCCUGUGGAUUAUGCGCGUCCUGCUAAUGAGGUGAAUCUAGUUGAGUGGUUGAAGAUGAUGGUGGGAUCUAAGAGAUUAGAAGAAGUAACUGAUCCAAACAUGGCGGUUAAGCCAACGACUAGAGCAUUGAAACGUGUACUUCUUACUGCACUUAGAUGCAUUGAUCCUGACUCUGAAAAGCGGCCUAAAAUGAGCCAAGUUGUGCGAAUGCUCGAGUCCGAGGAAUAUCCUAUACCAAGAGAGGAGCGGAGAAGGCGCAGAUCGCAAGAGGAAAACUCGGAUACCGAUAGAAGCACACCGGUUUCAAGAACACCGAGCAAGAGAGUAUAA